CAAGUCUGAUAAUGCCAUCAAGCUUGUUACAAGUUCUUAACAGCUUGUUCCAAAUUUGUUACAACAACUGGGAUCGACAGCUUGUGAACAGAUUUGGAACAAGAAGCCAGGCUCUGUACUUCCGCUCUGCUCGAGCGUCUUGAGAAGGAAGCGGAAGUUGGUGAGCUUGCUGGCAGCUGGCUUGCGAGGUUGGUAUUAUUGUAUUUAUAAUUUAAUUUAUAAACUUUUCAGACAGCGUUAGGAUAUAAAGAAGCUUUCGUUGGUAGGGAUACAACUACCUGAAAAAUAUAAGGAGAAUUUCGACGUUUCGAGCGAAGGCCCACUCGUGGAAAUUCUCAUAUUUUUCAGGAAGACGUUUCGCUACGACGCUACUAUAAACGAAAGCUUGUUUAUAUUUAUAUUGGCACCACUGACCCAGACAGUUCAAGCGUUUAUAGGAAAGCCUGUUGAAAUACUGCAUUUAUGAAAUUUAUUCAAACCUAUUUAAACUCCUCGUGUUCUAGGGUAACAUUUUACCAUAACAAAGGUUUUGUCAGUUUAGCUGAUCAGUACAACUGGACCUGUUGUUUCUAUCCGUGUUUGCCGUGAUUUUUGGCGACUCAACGUUCUUUGGGUUAUGCUUUAAUAUGUCAACUUUCAACAAUCGGCUGACGGUAUGAACGCAUUAAAGCACUCUCUUUUAUUGUGAUUUGUACAAAUUAUACUCGUUUCUGUUUAAAUGUAUUGUUAUGCACUUGUCACUUGAAACCCCCACCUUCCCACCCCGGGGAAACAUGGGGGAUUAGACAAAAUGGGGAAAAUCAAAGAAAAUGCCCCACCCUAUGGGGACGAAUAUUUAGGCUAAUCCUCUACUAAUGGUCUUGUUAUUAAACCUGGCGACAAAGAGUUUAAAAUACAUUGCUCUUGACUUUUUUUGAAUGGAAUGUUGUUGGACUAUAAAAUUGUAAAUAGUGAAUGAGAGAAAUACAUUGGAAAAAACUCACCUUUCAACUCCUUCACCCCGAAUGACCAGUGCUUAAGUGCAGUCUCCCUCAUUUUUGGAUGUUGACAAAACUGAUUUAAUCUCUCACCCCAUGCCAGCUAGGCCAUGGAUGUAUGCAGGAUGUUUUCAUCAGGGGGGGGGGGCAGUAAUGUCUACAUGCCGAAAAAAGUCCUGUAAAAAUGGUGAGUAUUGUUUUCUCUGGGGGGGGGGCAGUUGCCCCCUGCCACCCCCCUGUGUACAGCCCUGCCUGAGGCACAAAUGAUACUUUAAACUUCACUCGUCCCCACGCAUGCCCCAUGUUUGCCUGGGGUGGGGAGGGUGGGGGUUUUCCAGUGACAAGUGCAUUAUAUACUUGCUAAAUAUGUGAAAAUAUAGUGAAAUUAUUGGGGUUUUUUGCAGCCAAAAGAGCGUUGGCUACAAUGAAUUUUGAACCGAUCAAGGGCCGGCCAUGUCAAAUCAUGUGUUGUCAAUGCGACCCUUCUCUGCAAAGAUCUGGCGUUGGGAAUAUUUUUAUCAAGAAUUUAGAUAAAAAUAUUGACAACAAGGCCUUGUACGACACUUUCAGUGUCUUUGGUAACAUCCUUUCUUGUAAGAUUGAGUUGGAUGAAAACAAGAUCUCCAAAGGUUUUGGUUAUGUGCAUUUUGAAACACAAGAGGCUGCCGAUCAAGCUAUAGAGAAAGUCAAUGGCAUGUUAUUGAAUGACAAGAAAGUGUAAGUAUUUGAGGAAUUUUCGAAGAAAAUUUGGUAUAGAUGCACAAAAUUACAACUGUAUUUUUAGUGUUAGGGGGGAAAUUUGUUAAGCCUGCAGCACACGAGAGCUAUCUGCUGAGCAAAAAGUUACUCGUGCCUGUUAGCUCAGCCAAUAGCUCACAGUGUGCGCGUACAUUUUACUGCGUUUUUUGCCUGAUGCAACCUUUUCUCACGUAUCAAACAUGUUUGAUCGGUGAGCUAUCAGCUGAGCUAACAGGCAUGAGUAACUUUUGGCUCAGCAAAUAGCUCUCGUGUGCUGCAGGCUUUAGAGAUUGUUAACUACAUGUGUCAAAUUCAUGUGUGAUUGUGCAAUAAGGGAGUGACCACAAAUAGAUUUUGAUCCCUGAGAUGAACUUGUAGGCUAGAUCUGUUCAUACAUUGUCGAAUGCAGUUGGAACUGUGUCCCGAUUGACAUAAUUUUUUAUAUAUUCACAUGCGACACAUGAAAUUGAUGAAUUCUGCCACCAUACCAAUUGCUUUUGGAACAAAUGAACCGAAGCUUAUUAACCUGCCCUAUUGCACAGAGUAGAGAGACCACAUAUGACUUCCUGUUAACACUUAUGAUUGUGGUGUAACUGUUGCAAUACUGUUGUCAUGUUCCUAGCCAGUGUCCUUAAGAGAGGCAUUCACCCCCUGGAAAUGCUGAAAAUGGCAGAUGUUCAGUGGGGGUAAAUGCCCCUUGUAAGUGCACUGGCUAGGAACAUGGGAAAUGCAUUUUUGAUGGCGAAUCAUGGUGUGGUGGUCUUACGCUUUUUUGUCCGAGUUGGAAUUCCGUAUGGUCUCUAUUCUGUGUGUGUGGACUCGACUGUAAUUGAGAAUUUCCCUCCAUCAUCAGGUUUGUAGGAAAUUGGAUGUCGAAAAAGGAGCGUAUAGAGCAGCUUGGCGAUGCGCCAAAGAAAUUCACCAAUGUCUAUGUGAAGAAUUUUGGUGACGAUUUCUCGGAUGAAGAGAUGAAGAAACUCUUUGAGCCGUUUGGUGAGAUCCAGAGCAUGAGAAUCAUGAAAACUGAAGAUGGCAAAAGCAGAGGCUUUGGGUUUGUCAAUUUUGCUGAACCUGAUAGUGCUGGACAGGUAUGGAGGUUUGAGUGUGCUUGUGUGUUGUCCAUCUUUGUGUUAUUCUAAAUGGACCUUUGCAGAACACUUGACGUAACAAUGGUGCCACUCAGUCACAAUUUAGUCAUCAGAGUCUUCCAUUGUCUGUGCUGUGAAUCACUCUCUCAGACUAAUUACAAGUAAUUAGGCAAAUAAUUAGGCAAAACAAAAAUGUCUAAUCGCAUGAUUCUGUGUAUGAGAUCUUCAGUACUGCUUAGAAAUAAUGACAUUGAGUCAGUCUAGUAGUGGUCUACCCCCUCUGAAAAUUGAUGUUGUACGGGGGAAGGGGUCUCCUAUGGUCGGGGAAGUAUGAAUCUUUUCUAGAAUGAUCCAUUGUCUUUCAUUAGGCUGUGGACGAAAUCAACGAGAAGGAGAUGAACGGGAAAAUCUUGUACUGUGGGCGCGCUCAGAAGAAGUCUGAACGCCAAGCCGAAAUACGCCGUCGCCUCCAGCAGGAAAAGAUGGAACGGAUCAAUCAGUUUCAAGGUGUUAACUUGUACAUCAAGAACCUGGAAGAAACGAUCGAUGAUACUCGACUGAGGAAAGAAUUUGAGAGUUACGGUACUAUCACUAGUGCUAAGGUGAUGAGGGAUGAUGUAGGAAAAUCCAAAGGUAAGUUUGGCAUUGAAAUGGCUUGCUUUUUAGUGUAUUGGUAGGUUACAGUAAGUGUAACAUGGCGGUAGAUUGUAGUCAGCUUCAGAUAACUGCGCAUGCAGGUAGAUCACCAUCAAUUCACACUGAGCAAUAUCAUACAGCCAAUUUAAUUGGCUGUAUGAUAGUGCUCAGUGAAACCAACCUAUUUAAAGCUUGUGACCAUGAACAAAAACAAACAUUUUGUUUUCCUUCAGGUUUUGGCUUUGUUUGUUUCCAAUCUCCUGAGGAAGCCACCAAGGCGGUGACUAGAAAGAACGGCCAGAUAGUCAUGACGAAGCCAUUGUAUGUUGCACUUGCUCAAGGCAAGGAAGAGCGUCAGGCACAGCUCGCAGCUCAACACAUGAAGCGUGUCGCUGGAAGAAUGAUCCCGCAAGGAACUCAACCAGUUGGUCCGAUGUUCACUGGUGGAUUUUAUCCUGCCAUGGCCACAUUUCCACCUGUAUGUAGGUUGCUUACAUAUAUAGUGUAUUUCUUCAUAUUAUAGACUAUAUUUGCUCUAUUCUAAACAUUCAAGAAGCAGCAACUCACAUUGAUAUUCUAGUUAUUGCAUUCAGUGCAUUGUAUGAGUAGAGAGCUGUAGAUUUUCAGUAAGAGAAGAAAAGCUGAUAAAUUUGUCAACCAUAUACAACUAUAUAAGGCACAAGGUUAGUGUUUAGUCAGCAUCACUAGCAAGCUACAAAUCGUUGAAUUCAACGUUGUAUGAUUUAUUUGCUCAUUUCAGGGUCAGCAUCCAGCAUUGUUCCCGCCUCAAGUUGUCAGAACAAGGUUCCCAACUCAGCCUGUGCGAGGGCAGGGGGCCUACCCAGGUCCCAUGAUGAACCGUGGUCCUCGAAUGCAGCGGGCAACUCGUCCUGUCGGUCACCAACAACAGUCUCGCGUUGGCUCCGCUGGUCCAGGAAUGCCUGGUAUGUCUGGACAACGGGUCAAUCCGGUGCCAGGUGCAGGACCACGUAACCAGAAGUAUCGGCCGGCUAUGCAUCAACCGGGUGCAGCCCAACAACCUCCAGCUAACGCUGCAAAUUCUUCUGCUAGCGUUGCUGCAUCAGUAAGUAAAAGACUUUUUUGAGUAUCACUAAAGUGAUAUUUAACACAUGCCCUACCUAGUUCACCCUAUGUUGUCAGGUCACUUUGCCUAAUGCCAGAUGGUUUUAUUCAUAUUAGGCUCAAGAUUUGCUCAAUCCAUCAGUCCUGGCUCAAGCAUCUCCCCCAGAUCAGAAGCAAAUGUUAGGUGAACGUUUGUUCCCUCUGAUCCAACAAACCCAUCCUGAUCUGGCUGGUAAGAUCACAAACGUGUUGUUGGAGAUUGAUAAUGCUGAGUUGCUGCAUAUGUUGGAGUUCCGUGAGGCCCUUGCUGCCAAAGUUGAAGAAGCUGCCUCCAUACUCCAAGUUCAUCAAGCAGGUCCAAGAAUGCCUGGUAUGUCUGAACAACGGGUCAAUCCGGUGCCAGGUGUAGGACCACGUAGCCAGACAUAUCGGCCAGCUGUGAAUCCAGCGGGUGCAGCCCAACAACCUCCAGCUAACGCUGCAAACUCUUCUGCUGGCGGUGCCAUACCUGUAAGAAAAACACUUUUUUGAGCAUUACUGAAGUGAUAUUUAACACAUGCCCUAGUUUACCCUACUUUGGCAGAUUACUUUGCCUUAAUGCCAGAUGGUUUUAUUCAUCUUAGGCUCAAGAUUUGCUCAAUCCAUCAGUCCCGACUCAAGCAUCUCUUCCAGAUAAGAAGCAAAUGAUAGGUGAACGUUUAUUCCCUCUGCAGUGGCGUGGCCAGGCGGGCGGUCUUAAAGAGGAUGUCUCGGACGCUCAUCAAGCCCGUGAGCAAACACCACCAGUGAAGUAAUUUGUCAAGAAAAUGACUGAAAAAAAAAGAAAUUUGGACGCGAUGCAUCUUUACGUUUAUACAUUGUUUUAAACAAUCUACCUCAUUCUAUGCGCGGUCAUGUCAAUUAGCGCAGUGCUUUCAAAUCAGCCCUGAAAACCAUUACAAUACUGCUUUAACUAUAACUUUGAUCCUGAAGUCUGACUUCAUCGCCCUUAUUCCUUAAUAAUUUUAUUGAUUUUAUAUCUAACGUUUUACUGUCUGUAUAUGUGUAUAUCUGUAUAUGUGUAUAUCUGUUUUUGUGCGUUCGUAUAAGACGUACUAUAAAAAAUAUUGUAGAUAAUACUAUAUAUAAUAGACUUUUUUUGCAGUUUACCCGGUUGGGUGGAAAACCUGUCGUGAACUUGCCCCAUUAUACGUGACAUUACGAUAUAUUUAUAUUUUUUCAAACAUUGUACAAUGAAUGCUUAUAAAUAAAUAAAUAAAUAAACGGUAAAUAAAUAAAUAA